UGCUCCUGCACAUUUUAAAAGCAAGACAUUCUCCCUUCUCAAAUCGUAAGUUUGGGAUGCUGCCAAACACAUCACUGAUGUUUACAGACACAUUUACGCUCAUACCUAAUCAGUCUCUCUGGAGCGCAGCAGCAGCAGCAGCAGCAGCACUCAAUCGCAACUAAGGAGAGUUCCUGGACUGGUUGUUGGUACUGUUGGUACUAUUAGUUGACUAAAAAGAGUGACAUCAAUAAUAACCCACGGUUGUGCUGCUCUUUUCGUUAUUGAUCAGUAGCUACAGUAUGGGAAACACCGCCAGAAAUGCAACGCAGAUUGCUGCGCUCAUGAUCACCGGGAUAAUUCUGAGCAGUUUGCAAACUCCCAUCAGAUCCUACCUCUACAAUAAUCGCUAUGCUGGAGAUCAAGUUUUUAGGGUAAUUCCACACAGUGAUGGGGAGGUAGAAAUCCUAAAGAGCCUCUAUGAACAGCUGGAGGUGGACCUAUGGCAGCCCAACAGUGUGUCUAUCAUCACAGAGGGUGCAGCUGUGGAUCUCCACAUAGACAGGAACAGCUCUGGAAUAUUCCGGUCUCACCUUCAGCAAGCUAAGAUUCCUUACAAGGUUCUUAUCUCCAACCUGCAGAAGGAAAUUGAAAAACAAAGUGGAUCUAGGUCUUCCCGAAAGCGAAGAUCUGAAUCAGAAUACGAUUAUGAAGUCUAUCACUCAUUAGAGGAGAUACAAAUCUGGAUGCAUGAAAUUAACAGAACACACCCACACUUUGUCGAUAUGUUUUCAGUCGGCCAGUCAUUCGAAGGAAGACCCCUUUAUGUUCUCCAGCUAGGAAAGAAAUCUCGCCGUGACAAGAAAGCAGUGUGGAUUGACUGUGGAGUCCAUGCCAGAGAAUGGAUUGGGCCAGCAUUUUGUCAGUGGUUUGUCAAAGAAGCAUUACACUCAUAUCAUAGUGACCCUGUGACAAGGAGACUGAUGAAUCAACUAUAUUUCUAUAUUAUGCCUGUAUUUAAUGUUGAUGGGUAUCAUUUUAGCUGGACAAAGGAUCGAUUCUGGAGAAAAACUCGCUCCAAAAACGCAAAAUUUCACUGUCGCGGUGUGGAUGCCAACCGAAACUGGAAAGUGAAAUGGUGUGAGGAAGGUGCCUCCUCACAUCCCUGUGAUGAAACUUACUGCGGGCCUUUUCCAGAGUCUGAGCCUGAAGUGAAAGCCGUCGCCAACUUCCUGCGUAAGCAGAGAAAACGGGUCAAAGCCUACAUUUCCAUUCACGCCUAUGCUCAAAUGCUGCUCUACCCUUACUCCUACAAAUAUGCUACCAUUCCUAACUUCAACUGUGUUGAAUUGGCUGCACACAAUGCUGUUCUCGCUCUGUACUCUGCCUAUGGGGUGAGAUAUAGAUACGGCCCAGCUUCAACUACUUUAUAUGUGAGUUCUGGAAGCUCUAUGGACUGGGCUUACAAAAAUGGCAUUCCCUAUGCAUUUGCAUUUGAGCUGCGUGAUACUGGCUAUUUUGGUUUUUUGCUCCCUGAAACCCUGAUUAACCCAACAUGUACGGAGACCACACGGGCAGUCAAAACAAUCUCCACCAGCUUACUAAAGAAGUGCUCCUGAAAACUGUUUUGUGUUGCAAAACCCUUGAAUAUACCCAAGAAUAUGCUAAGAUCUUUCACGUUUUUACUGAACACAAUUCAAAUGUCAAAACGAAACAUUUUUGAAACCGUGAGACAAUUGUAAGAGGGAAUGUAACCUAUUCUUUUUUUUAUAUAUAAAUGUGUACAGUCACACAGAUUCCUUAGGUGUUUAGAGUGACAUAAAUCAUCCUACUAUACGUUCUCUUCAGCUGUUUAAAAUAUACAAACAAACAACCGAAAAAACAGGAAAGCAGCAAACAUUGUAAAAGUUGCAAGAAAUCUAUAAGGGCUUCAUAACAAGAGGGAGACACUGGGUGAUCUUCUUUAUAAGAGGCUCAAGAAAGGGGGCAGGUUUCAAAUACGUGCUUCUGAUAAAUGAGUAGGGAAACACGUUUGUCACAUCAUUUCAGUUUGAAUUAACCAGAAGAUUUUCAUUGGUCUGUUUAAGUGGUUAAUAUAAUAAAGCUUAGCACUUUUGUAUCAUUCCCAUAGUGUUUUUGUUGAUCUAACACACAUGUCAUUUGAUAAAUCCUCCUCUAAUGUACAUGUAUUUGAAUGCAACUUGAACCAGGUUGGACAUACAAUACAUUCUGUCUGAGGAAACCUGUCGGACACACAGUCACUUCAAAAAUCAUAAUCCUGUGGAACUUCCUUUAAUAAUUGGAAGCAAUGUCUUUGUUGCUUUAGUGUGCAAUGCUUAAUAUAUUGUAUUGUACCCAUGCAUUCAUAUUGUCUAAUUUUUUUUUUCCAAAGGUGAAAUAGUUAAUUCAUCCAUGCCACAAAAUAUCCCAAAAGACUUUCUGAAAACUUUGUGCGUUCUGUAUUACCUUCAUUGCUGUUUGUUAUGCUUUAUAGCAUGUACGUAUUACAGUCUUACAGUCCUUUAAAUCAUUAUCAAUUAUUAUUUUGCAAUAACAAGACAAUUGUAAUAUGCAAGAUUCUGAUAUUUUUCUCCUUGGUAGCAAAACUUGUUUACACACGUCAGAAAGUCUAAUCUCAUUCCUUGCAGCAUCACCAGUUAAGUAUAACAUCUCAACAAGUUGUGUUUUAAUGAUUUUCAUAUCCUGUUGACGAGCACCAUUGCUAUGGGGAUUAACAUAAAACCCACAGAGAUUUUGUGCUUUUGUUUUCAGCAUAUCAGCAGCAAUCAAAGUACAAAUAACAAUGAUCAGGUCAAUGGGAAGACAGAACAGUACAUAACAAAAAAAAAGGCUGCCAAUGUUAAGGCAUCUAGCUUGUCAUUUAUGUAUGCUAACCCUGCCCAGUUUGUCUGUAUUUCAUACUGUAUUUGUAGCUUCUCAAACGCAACAUUUUAAAAGGUAUGUUCACAAUAUAUAUAGCUUCAUUUUAAAUGGCUAUGGGACAUAAUAUGUGUAAUAAAAAUGUUUAAAAGGGGUGCUUACAAUUCAGGAAAAAAAAAUGUUUACAACCUCAAAUUGGAGGUACCAGAUUUUUGAUACUCUAAUCUGUAUGUACUUUAAAAAUGUAGGUGUAAAUGAAUUGUCGCUUCAAUUAAUCUUUUUUUUUUUGUUA